AUGGUUCCAGACUACAAAUGUGACAAGCAGGACACUCUACUCUCUGUCAUUGGAGGUCUCAACUCCCAACACUCAAGGCAGAUGGCCUCCAUCUUCAGCAUCUUCAAGGUUCCACAGUGGAACUGGGUUGGGCUUCUGGCCCCUGAAGGUGACAGGGGAGAACAUUUUAUCUCGUCUCUGAGGCCAAUGCUGGAGUUGAAGGAGAUCUGCCUGGCCUUCACUCAAAUGGUGAAACAUGAACCUUAUUCCUUUACACCGUCAAAAUAUAUUCCUUUAAUCAAAAAUCCCUUGAAUCCUCAAGGAGAUGUCUUUCUAGCACAAUGGUGGGAAGAUGUUUUCGACUGCAAGAUCCAUAAACCAGGAGCGAUCCCUCAAAAGGAGGAAAAACAGUGCACCGGAAAGGAGAGUUUACAGAAUCUGCCGUCUUUUGUGUUUGAAACAAAUAUGGCAGGUGAAAGUUACAUUAUCUACAAUGGGGUUCAUGCUGUGGCCCAUGCAUUACAUGCAAUGUGUGGAUCAAGAGCACAAUCGGCCAUGCUGAGGUUUGGAAAGAGGAUCUCAAAUGUCCAGUCAUGGCAGCUUCUUGCCUAUAUGAGGAAUGUGCAGUUCAACAGCAGUGCUGGAGAGGAAGUCUCCUUCUCAGAAAAUGGCCUGGUGUCUCCUCAUUAUGAUCUUCUCAACUGGAUUUUCCUCCCCAAUCAGUCUUUUGUCCCCAUGAAAGUUGGGCAACUACAUCCCAGGGCUCCUCCAGGCCAGGAUUUUAUCAUCAACUCACAGGCAAUCACCUGGGCCAGAAAGAAGGUGCCCUAUGGCAGGUGUACCAUGAAGAGGUGCCAUGCAGGAGAGAGGAAGAGCGUUCCAGAAGGCAAGGAGGUUUGCUGCUACCACUGUGCCCCUUGUCCAGAAGGGACCUUUUCUGAUCAGACAGAAGCAGAUCAAUGUGACCACUGCCCAGAAGACAUGUAUCCCAACAAGCACCAGGACCACUGCAUUGCCAAGAAGAUCCACUUCCUCUCUUAUCAAGACACCCUGGGAUACACUUUAGUUUCUCUCACUCUUUCUCUCUCUGUGAUCACAAUGGCAGUUCUGGCAAUUUUCCUGAUGCACCAUGAUACACCAAUCGUCAAGGCCAACAACCAAGAUCUCACCUACCUCCUCCUGGUCUCCCUCCUGCUCUGCUUCCUCUGCUCCUUCCUCUUCAUUGGUCGACCCAGGAAGCUCACCUGUCUCUUCCGACAAUCUGCCUUUGCCAUUCUCUUUUCCCUUGCAGUAUCUUCUGUGUUGGCAAAAACUGUCAUGGUGGUUCUGGCUUUCAUGGCCACCAAGCCAGGGAACAAUGCAAGGAAACUCUUGGGAAAACCACUGACCAACUCUAUUGUCUUAGGCUGUCCCCUGGUCCAAGCAAUUAUUUGCACCAUCUGGCUCGCAGCCUCCCCUUCAUUUCCCAACUUGGACUUCCACUCCUUGGUAGGAGAGACCAUCUUGGAAUGUAAUGAAGGCUCAGCUUCAAUGUUUUAUGCUGUCCUUGCCUACCUGGGUUUCCUGGCCCUCGUGAGUUUUAUCAUGGCCUUUCUGGCGAGGAAAUUGCCUGACAGCUUUAACGAAGCCAAGUUCAUUACUUUCAGCAUGCUGGUCUUUUGCAGUGUUUGGAUCACCUUCCUCCCCACCUACCUGAGCACCAAAGGGAAGUCCAUGGUAGCUGUGGAGAUCUUCUCCAUCUUGGCCUCUGGGGCUGGUCUAUUGGCUUGCAUCUUUUUUCCCAAAUGUUACAUUAUCCUACUUAGGCCCCAUCUUAAUUGUAGGGAAAGCAUUAUACGAAAGAAGAACACUUAA